UGUCAGCUGCUAGGUGGAAGUCUUUUUCAUCAGUGAGGGCUACAUUCGUUGUAAUAUGGCUAAACAGGUGCUCUGUCGUUUUGGUCAGUGGUGUUCCCGUGUUUUUGCCGUGGAGUGCCAACCUAAUUCGGACCCCGUUUAUUUUGCUUUGAGUAAAAAUCCACAAGCAAACCUCGCAGGCGAGUUUGAAAAAAUAUUUGGUGGGGCGAAGACGUAUUCGUUCCACGUUUGCACUGAUGAAAGAUUUCAAAGAGCAAUGUUGUAUGACGAUCUUAAAAAUAAGUUAAUUCCGGCGUUACCAAGAGGCAGCGUAUUGGACGUGUUCUCUUUUCUCCCCGGUGUGAACAACUCGUUGUUCCGGGGGUUUCUCAUCAAAGAUGCAGAUGCAAUGCCUAUAUUCGACGAACUAGUUAAGAGUUCUUGGGUGAAUGUGUGCGCAUACGUCCAGGAGCGAGACAACCAGUGGUGGCAGCACUUGUGGUCCAAGUCAGAAGAUGGCACGGCGGUGCUGGUCGAUAAAUUUUGCCUUGUGCCAGCUCGGAUGCCAUCAUGUCACCCAUCAACCCUAAACAUCAUGGGUAACGAUGUGUUUUACCGCUUUGGAGACGCCAACAAAGUUGUGGAACAGUGCAAGGAAAUUAUUCCUGAGGCAAAGGAAUUGCUGGAACUGGUGGAUCAGAAUCUGACACUAAAGCAGGCUGGGCAGUUUCCAACCAUAGUCAUUGAAGGAUUGGAUGCAACAGGGAAAACUACUCUGACACACUCUCUGACAGCAGAGCUCGGUGCCGCUUUGCUGCGAUCUCCGCCGCAGUGUCUGUCUCCAUGGAGACCACGCUUCGACUCAGAGCCCCCCCUCCUCAGACGGGCGUUCUAUGCCCUCGGGAAUUACAUCACUGCCAGCCAGAUUGCUACGGCAAGCCAGAACACUCCCGUUGUGGUAGACAGGUACUGGCACAGCACUGCGGCCUAUGCCAUCGCUACCGCGGUAACGGGGAAGGUAGAUAACCUGCCUGGCCCCGGGUCCGAGGUGUACCGCUGGCCGAGUGACCUGCUGCGACCGGACCUGGUCCUCCUGCUGACCGUCAGCCCGGAGGAGCGAAUGAGGAGGCUCAGCGGGAGAGGGCUGGAGAAGACGCAGGAGGAAGCAGAGCUGGAGGCUAACCACCUGUUCCGCAACAAAGUGGAGCAGGCAUACAAGAGGGUUGAAGAUCCAGCCUGCGUCGUGGUAGAUGCCAGCCCUCCGCCAGACCAAGUGCUUCAAGAAGUGUUGCGCUUAAUUAGAGACAAAUGCCACUUAAAUUAAGAGCAACACGUCUUCAGAGUGCCCACACAGAGGCGAUAACUUCUUCUGGCCACUGGGUGGCACUGCGGUGUUAUGAAAGAGCUCCCUACUUUAUACCCCAGGCAGGACUGACUUCAUUUAACAGCCACAGUCCCACACAAUUUUGGUUGGAGAACAGAAGGCACAAUGCUUAGCCAAUGAACAGCCAGUGAACACAGACUGGUAUCAGUGCCUGUUCGUGUCUGCCGUAGUACACGUUUGCUCCUAUUAUAUAGAAGGCAUCAUAUUGUUUGGACACAACCAUAAUUUAGAAAAAUUUUACUUGGACACAGGGUUGUAUGGUGACAGGAAAUGAAAGACUGUAUUUUAUGUACAGUAUUGAACUUAAUAGCAAAGUUGAACACGCUACGUGUGGGCAAAUAUAAUUAUUUUUACAUUUUUAAAUGUGAAUAAUUAGGAAUAUACAUUACCAUUAAAAAGUUUGGGGUCA